CAGAGACAUGGGUCGAGUUUCUUCAAGCACUGCAACGGCGGAGAAGGUUUCUUGGCACUGUGCUUUGCUCAUGGCAGCGAUGCUGCUGCUCAUCAGCUGCUGUGAAGAUGAACCGAGUGAAAGGGAAGCGUUGCUGCGGCACGGGAACAAGGCGUGCGAUGAAAUAUACGUGGUGAGGGAAGGAGAGACGUUGCACACCAUCGGUGAAAAAUGUGGGGAUCCUUUCAUCGUUGAACAAAAUCCUCACAUACAUGACCCUGAUGAUGUUUUCCCUGGCCUCGUUCUCAAGAUUACUCCUUUCAUCAUCAACAACUAAACCAGUUAUUUCAUAUGCACGGUGAUUGCUGUAAUCUGGUUUGUAAAUUGUUUUAGUAACAGAUCCUUCGUAAUACUUAAGUGUUUAAUACAGUUUAUACUUAAUGCAUUGGUAUUAUAUGAAA